CGGUGUUAACUUCCGGUAUACAAUUUGUGAGGCGUAUUUUCUUGUACAAUCUAUGUUUGUAGCAUUAAGUGAAACAAAAAUGAUCAUAUGUGAAAAAACAAAGUCGUGUAUUUAAAUAGUAUCGUAACCGGACAAUUUCAAAGAUAAUUUAUAAUCAUUAAGGCUGGCGGUCAUCAGUUGUCAACGGUAAAUAGGUGAACGUGGUUUCUCAUUCGGAUUAUUUAGCGGUGCUUGUUUGUCAGGAUCUAUUUUGAGACAUUUGUAUGAAUAAGAUAAUUUGCUAUGGCAGAAUACUGCGAUAUCCAGUUUGAUUGGGAUUGUGAUAGGGAUCCUAACUCCAUCAUUGAUUACUUUCAAGAAAAUGACGAGAAAGACAAAAUGUAUGGGCUUGAAUUCUUUUCUUUCCCUAGUAAGCUGGAAGUGUUCAAAGUAGCAGAUGAUGAGAGCAGUAACUGUCACUUGACAAUCCGAUGCAAGUCUGUGUACCAUGUUGGAAUAACAGGAGUCCAGAUUGUCAGUGAAUCUCGGAACAUGGAAGUCUAUGGACAAACUGAAGGAUACAUGCAUACAAUCCGAGGAAAGUCAGUUCCCAAAUCUGAAGAUGAUACCCACUAUUUUAUCUCAUAUUUGUCUACACAAGAACCAACAAACUGCCUUACCUUUAAGUUCCUGUCACUGAAAGACAGAGCCUCAUUCCUGAUCAAGCGCCUGCAGAUAACGCUUACCCAGAUGGCGCCACCUGACAGUUCCACUCAGAUGGACAUCGGUAAACUGAGGAAUCAUGUGAAAGAACUAGGAGAUAAAGUCUCAGACAAAGCAAAGUCUCUCCUGGACACCAUGGAACAGUAUCAAAAUAAUCAGCGGGGUGCGCUAGACAAUGUUCGAAGCAUGAUCUCUGAGAGCUCAUUGCCGCCUGACAAAGAAACCUCAUUAUCGGGCAUGGCUGGUCUGUUGUCCAUGUUUUCCAAGAUGAACACCAGCAUGCCGAGGAAUCCGUCCACUGUUCCGAUGGGGGACAACGGUACAAACAAUCCCAGUGACUUGGCUGGGAAUCUGUUGACUCAUAUGUCCAUGAGUCAGAACGGAGACAGUUUACACAGCGAUGACAUGUACAAGUUUCUACAGUCAGUCUGCGGGAGAGUGUCGAAACUGCGGCAUACUGAAAAUACAAACCCAGGGAUAAUUCCAACCAACAGUGACGUCCCAGCAACACAGAACCACGUGGACCCAGCUGUUCUGGAGGAAGUGUCAAAACAAAUCCAUUCAGCUGAAGAACGGAUCCUGACUCAGGUACAGCAACAGAUGUUGGACAUGGAAGCUAGGUUGAACAACAAGAUGGACAGAAUACUGCAGCUGUUGUCUCCUGCUGAAGAAUCAAUAUCCGAAUCGGAGGAAGAACCAGCUUCCCCAGACAAAAUCCCAUCACCACAAGCUAUAGACUUGGACUAAUCCUCAUUGGUUACCUGAAAGACCAAAUGGUUCUGAGAACAAAUUACUUAAGGAAUGGUGUUGCAUCGUUCAAAUUGUCCAGAUGGAGAAAGAGCUUUGUUCCUACUCAUCAUCCCAUCAGUGUCUAGAAACAGAGCAUUGUAAGUUGUAAUUGUGGAAGGUGGUGAGAUUAUCAGGUCUCUCUGUACAUUGUUUCAAGUGUGUCGUUGAUCCUAGCAGAUGUACAAACUACUAUCAGAACAAACUGAACGUUGGACUGGACACUGCAUUAUUACAUGACAUGGUCACUUGGCUGCAGAUAUCAUCAAUGAUAAUGGCAUAACACAUUUUUAGCAUUUUGUAUAUUUUGUAUAUUUUGCAUAUUUUGCAUAUUUUGCACCCAUACCAUGGGCGAAUAUUAGGAAUGGUAUCAGGCCUACUACAUCGUCUAUACAUCACGGUUUUGUAUGCUCUUUCAUCCUCCAUCACCCUUGAAUACAUAUGGCCUCUUUGUAGUGUAGUCUAAUGCUUUGCAGGGCUCGAUUUAGCUAUAUAAACAUGACCAGUGCAACCUGUUAUUGAAAAAUGAAACCUAAUAUUUGUCAACAUGCACCAUUACAAACUCUUAGUUCUCACAACAUUGAAAUUGAACACAUUACUGUUAAGCUUCAUGUACCAUAAUAUACCACUUAUCCUUGUGUUGUGCGGCAUUUGCCAUGCUUUGUUGGGCUUGACAUCAUCAAUCUGUUGACACUUAAAGAUUAUGUGCACAUGCUUCAGUAAUGUUUUACAGCAAUAUGUCCUUAAUUUACUGACAUUGGCUGAAACCGGCUUUUGUUGCAACUUUGAUAAAUUUAUGGUUUUCCAAUCUGGUUUUGUCUGGUGCAAGUCGGCUUUCAUGUCAGCAUGUAUCUGCUACAAGUUAAAUCCUGUUCCUUAAUUAAAUCAAGCCCUGCGUUGCCUAUAAAGUGUAUAUGCACAAUGUUCCACCCUCACUCGUGGAUACACAGGACCAGUCUGUAGUUGCUAUGUUUAAACAAAGGCCUGGAUCAGCCAACAGGAAGCCAGGUAGUCCUCAGACAAAUGAACACUCAACUUCCUCCCAUGGAAACGUGUGCAACAAGUGCCACAGCCAUGCAGCCUCUACUCCACACAUUGCCUCAGUGGUAGGCAUCAUGAAUGUCCAUGUAUGGCGUAGGGAUUAUUUGACAUCCAUAGAUUAUAAAUGGCCUCAUUUAGGUGACAUGCUUACACCACCCAGCCAACAUGUUUUCAAAGGUGUGUACAAGCGUGUGAAGUAUUGACAAUGGAUCUUAUGAGAUCGGACAUAUUAUUUAUGAGCUGCUGUGGUUAAUGAAACCAAUAUUGUGUACUUUGAACAUGUGACGAAGCUGUUUAUGUUACAAAUACAUGUAAAUUCUUUUCAUUUGAGUGAAAGAUAGGUGUUAUAGUAAUUUGACAAUGGCUCUUAAACUGUUCAAAACUGUUUUGAGUUUCUAGUUUAGCAAUUUAAGUGUUUACUUUGUUGUUUAACGCCGCACUCAGCAAUAUUCCAGCUACCGGUAUAUGAUGGUGGUCUGUAAAUAACCGAAUGUGGACGGGACAAUCCUGUGAUUGACAUCAUGAUCAUCGAUCCACGCAAUUGGGUUACGAUGACAUGCAUCAACCAAGUCUGCGAGCCUGACCAGCUGAUCCCAUUAGUCGCCUCUUACUGCAAGCAUAGGUUGCUAAAGAACUAUUCUCAACUUGGAUCUUCACGGAUCUACUGUUUACUUAUGACUGAGGGAAUGAAAAGACAUUUGGAUGAAGUUAUAAUUCUGACAGCACAGACAUAAUUGUAUUUGCAGUUAUACUUAAAUGGCUUUUUCAUGUUUAUGAUGUGUGUACAGAUAUUUUUAGAUUUUUUAAAUUAUUAGACAUCACUUUCUCCAUGAUGUUUGUGUUUCAGAAUAUGUUUUUAGGUUUGCACAAACAGUAUUGACGGGGCCAAAGAGUCGUUAUGCUACUGACUCAGACUUAGGUAAAUGUUUCCUUUGUGUAUCAUCAUCGUGUCUCCACACAGAAAUAAGCCAUGGGGUGAAACCUGGCAACAAUCUCCGUCUUUAGUCAAGGUAGUGCUGUCUGUGUUUUGUUCAAUCUUGUUAAUCUAUCCCGAAGACCGUGGUGCUGACAUGAUACCACUUUGUGUGAAGGUCUGACCUCCCUACAGAAUGUGGAAUCAGUGAACAUCAUGUUUGACCGCCGAUUCUAAAUGAAGGAUGCAUGGAAUCUUGAACCAAUCAGAUGUUGGCUUUCCUAAAUGAUUAGAUUUCAUUAAUUUACCACCUUAAAUUGGGAAAUUUCUUUUUUAGCAAAAGUUUUAUUUAGCCUGCAUGAUGAUCAGCAUCUCGGUACCAGUGAGUGAAACAUCCAGACAAGCAGACUGAUUCUGUAUAAUUGAAAAUGAAUAUAAUUGAGUUCCGAAUGCAAUAAUAAGCCAUGCUAAUAUAUUGUUGCUAAUAUUUUACACAUCCAGUUAUUUCUUGGGGCCAUCUGCACUCAAUAGGGUGUACUAUCAAGAGUAUAUUAAUGCUUGGUGGCAUUUGUCUUCUGCCAUUAUCCAAAUUUCUGAGUUUGGACAGUCAGUGUUUGCUCAAGGUUUACCUGUCCUGACAUAGAGAUGUCCUCAGGGAAAACUCUGACUGCCCAAGUUAAAGGAAGGAUGCGUGGGUUCACCAAUCAGGUGUUGGACAUUUCCACUUGUACAAACGACAACCCACAUAGAACACAAAUGGUCAACUUAUUUGGGGGUAGAUGCCAUGGCUGUCAUUAAGGCAGGGUGAAUAAAAUAUCAUCAGUUUAACAUCACAGUUUAUAUAUUUUAGACAUUAAAGUUCAUUCAUGAGAUACAGAAAUCUGAAAUCUGAAAUCAUACCAAGAAUUCUGAUGCCUCAAGUUUAAGUGGCUGAUAAAAAAGUUCACCUGACAGUCGUCAGAUCUUCAUUCAGACAGGUAUUAUAACAGAGUAAAAGAUCUUUAAGGAAAGUAACAAUACUGGAGUAAAAGAUCUUAUGUUGAUUAUGCAGGAAAGUAACAAUAAAGCACAGACAAAGCACAAUAACAGUUGUCCUACCUGUGUUUUUUUAUACAGUGAAACCACAUUGUUCAGGACAGUAUCAUGAAUGACAGAGUUCUAUUUGAACAUUAGUUGAUAUAACUUUUAUUCAAUUAUCAAAACAAAAAAUGGAAAAAAUCCUGAGACCAUUUUCACUGGCCCCUCCUCCUAUAACAAAUGACGAGUCCAUUAGGGUGCAUUUUACUGUACCAGGGAAGUGUAUGUUUGUCUGACCGAUGUGUGAGGGUCAUCAGUUUUAACUGACCUAUGUGAGGUGAUGACGACUUUUGGAUUACUUGUGAGUAGGCCAUUAUAUGCUGCAAAGUUUUGAGUGAACCAUGCUUCAUUAUUACAUAUUUAAAAUAUUUAAAUAAUUUACUUUGUGAUAGUAUUUAAAUGUUUUGUGUUUGUGAAAUUGUUUUUCAAGUAAGAAUUUGUGGACUUUUCCUUUUGAAUUAAUUAUGCUGUGACAAAGUUCUAUGCAAGGUACAAGCUAUUAUUUCAUAAUCAGUUGUUUUGAAAUGUGAAGUGUUUUCAUUGUCUUCAUACAAGCAAAAGGAUGUCACUUAAUGUUCAUCUUAAACAGUCAUUGGUGUGUGUGUAUGAAAUAGUUGUAUGAUAGAUCUAGGAAAGAUUGUCAUUGUUAAUACUGGACCCUUUCAGAACUCAAUGAGGAGGCGCGGGUGGUCCAGUUAUCUAAGGCACCGCAAUUCACAGUCACAAAGCUAUGAUUAUGGGUUCGAAUCCUGAUUCACUCCCAUUAUGUUUCUAGGUUUGUCAGCACCAUACCCAUGCUCGUGGGGCUCCCUAAAUUGUAAAUGGCUUAAGAUGUGCAUCACUUUGGGCUUUCAGAUGUCUUGAGUUGGACCUAAUUUGGAAUCAUCAGGCGUCAUGACAUCUCAGUCGAAUGCCCUCUUUUGGUGGCCAUGUGGUGUAAGCUAGGGCAAAUUGCUCUGCAGAAGAUCAUGGGUUUAAAUCCCUGAUCCACCCUGAUUAUGAUCCUUGGGUUGUCCACCCUGUACCAUGCUUGUGGGUUUCACCAAUGUUUGUGUGUUAUUAUUUAAUGCAGCACUCAGCAAAAAUUCCAGUUAUAUGGUGGCAUUCUGUAAAUGUUCAAGACAAUCCAGGAUUGGUAUUAUGAGCAACAAUCAUGGCAUGUUUUGCACGCUAUCAACCAAGUCACAGAUUCUGACCACCAAAUCCUCAUGCUGCAAUCUGUGUGACUCUGGGCUUUCCUCUCAUAUGCUGAUGAGUCAUGAAAUCACAGGUAGUCGUGCUUUGUGAUGUAAUCACUAUUUCCAGUAUAAGUCCUUGUAUUGCAACCAGUCUGUUAGACUUAUGGAUAAAUCUAGACUGAACAAGCUGUAAACACUGCCAGAACUACUA